AUGAAACGCAACCGCUAUACCCAUGAGAAUUCGCCACCUAUCCCGCCUCCCCAGAAAUCAAGGGGGAUCCAACUCUCUACACUUCACACGCCUGUGUCUCCUCCUUUGAAACCAUCAAAGGGAAACAAGUCUGCCGACAGCCAACCUAUACCAACAACAUCUUCAACUUCAACGGCGAAAGUCAACUCAAACCCACCCAAUCUAGCCGCCAUCGAGGCUGGCCAAGUACAGGUCUCCGAUCAUCUCUCUAUCUUCUCCUCACGACUCGGUGAAGCAGUUCGCUCUACAGACGCAUCCACUCCGCGAAUACCCAUCUCAGAAUGGGCCGAACUGUACCGACGCAAUCAGCAUAUCGAAGGGAGGCAUUUCGUGAUUCACCAGCAUGACCAUCCCAUCGCCGGUCCACACUAUGAUCUUCGGCUGCAAUUCUCGGAUUCGAGCUCCGUAAGCUGGUCUAUUAUGUACGGCUUACCUGGCGAUCCGAAUAGCCGACGGAUUAACCGGAAUGCGACGGAGACGAGGGUUCAUUGUUUGUGGAACCAUCUCGUAGAAACAGCUUCCGCCAAAACAGGGAGCAUGAUCAUCUGGGACACGGGCCAUUAUGAAAUCCUGCCUUAUUAUGAAGAGCCGUCGGGUCCUGAAACCGACGACUCUCGCUCCAACGUCUCGUCUAAUCUCUCGGCUACUGGGGAUCAGAGUAGCGAUAGUGAGAAGCUUCGUCAGGCAUUUCAUAAUCGAAAAAUUCGUCUGCGAUUGCACGGUACUCGCUUACCUCCUGGAUAUACGAUUAUUCUCCGGUUAGCAAAGGCUAUGGAUAUCAGACAAUCAACGCAUACGCCCAAAAGGAUCAAAUUAUCCGCCAAACCAAGAGAUGCCCAGCCGCCGAGUACCUCAUCAUCAGGUUCGUCGCCGGAAAGAGACGACACUGGCACACUGGCACCUCGCCACUCCAAUCAAGACAUAAAUCCGUCGGCCUCUCCCCCUCUCGAGCCGCACUCGGACUCAGAAGAUGAUUUGGACCAUCAAAUACGUCUAAAAAACGCUUACCCUGGCUCCACAAACUCGAUUGGCUCGGUCCAUCAAAGACGCUGGUUCAUCACUCUGGACCGUGUCAAUUCCGGUUUUCAGGAUGAGCUCAACCCCCAUUCUGGUCGAAAGCAGUGGGUACGUAGGCAAGACGCAAAGACGGGUCGAUUGUUAGGGUUUGACCCAUUCUCCGUGUGCGGGCCUGAGGUGGAGAAAAGUGUUGUUACUGCGCGGUUAGGAAAGGAUGUGCUAGAGGACGAGGAUGUGAAGGGCUUUGUCGGUAGACGAGGCUGGAGAGCAGUUCUAGAGUAG